CUACUGACAUUGUUGCUCUGUGACUACUGAAGUGUGUUCUACGGCUUGUCGCCGUGUACUUCUCCAGAAAGUUUUGCUUUGGCAAACGUUGGCAGUAAAAAAGGUUUAGGUGACUAAUGUUAACCGACAGGUUUGUUGUUAUCCCUUUUGGGAACACUGCCGACUUUGUUGAGGCUGGCACUUUACCUGUAGGCGGAGAUGACAACAAUGCAAAUCAUAGGGAUAACGAAGUGCCCAUCUUGGAAUACAAUAGGGAGCCCAACAGAUACGGAGAUGAGAACCCCAGAGAAAGCAGCCCCUUCAUUAACAAUGACACUGACAAAGGAAAUCUGUACGAGGGAAAGAACAUGGCUCUGUUUGAGGAAGAAAUGGACAGUAAUCCCAUGGUGUCAUCACUGCUUAAUAAAUUGGCCAAUUACACCAACCUGACCCAAGGUGUCAUUGAACAUGAAGAGGCUGAAAAUGAAGAUGGAGUGAAGAAAAAAGCAGUGAAAAGUCCACAAAUGGGCACCUUCAUUGGUGUGUACCUCCCCUGUAUGCAGAACAUUCUCGGUGUCAUCCUCUUCCUACGUCUGACAUGGAUUGUUGGAACUGCUGGGAUUCUGGAGUCCUUUGCCAUUGUCUUUAUGUGCUGUGCUUGUACAAUGCUGACGGCGAUAUCGAUGAGUGCCAUUGCAACCAAUGGUGUUGUACCAGCUGGUGGCUCUUAUUACAUGAUUUCAAGAUCUCUGGGUCCGGAGUUUGGAGGAGCUGUGGGCUUGUGCUUCUACCUUGGCACAACAUUUGCUGGCUCCAUGUAUAUCCUUGGUACCAUUGAGAUCCUACUUACCUAUAUUGUUCCCAGUGCUGCUGUAUUCAAAGCAGAGGAAAAGGAAUACGAGACAGUGGCCAUGCUCAAUAACAUGCGGGUCUACGGCACAUGUUGCAUCAUUCUUAUGGCACUUGUGGUUUUUGUGGGAGUGAAGUAUGUCAACAAGCUAGCCCUAGUCUUCCUGGCCUGCGUGGUGCUGUCCAUUUUAGCAAUCUAUGCUGGAGUCAUCAAGACCGCCUUCGAUCCACCAGAUUUCCCGCAGCAUCAGCAUCUGGGCUUCCCGAAGGAUUUCCCCCAUUUGCGUCAUAAAAUCCCGGAUUACUCGCAAAUGAUCCUUGCUCUUCCCCAGUCGCUUUUUGGAUACCUGCUGGCCUGGGGGGUCUACCAUUGGUUAGUUAAUGCUAGAGGAGAAGCCGAGGCUGUAGGGCUGGUGCAACGCGAAAGGCGAAGAGAAGGAGAUUUAAACCCUACCUUCCUUCGAUUAUCAUGGGAAUCCUUAGCGAACAAGAUGGAACUGGGAGCAUUGCUGAGGAGCCAGAAGAAGUAUCGUGAAUGCAGUAUCAUGUGUUUCAACAAGACGUGGCUGCAGGAACUUAUUCCGGACUCGAACGUUACCAUCGGCGGCUUUCAGACGGUGCCGGCGGACAGAAACACCAAGAGCGAUAACCUGUGGAGCGAUUAUGGGCCCCAGACCAUGCUUGUUGAGAAGAAGAACCAGCCCUCUGUUCCUGCAGUGGAUGUCUCUAGUAAUGCUAAUUUGCCUUAUGUGUCAAAUGAUAUUGCUACAUUUUUCACUCUCCUGGUUGGGAUCUACUUUCCUUCAGUGACAGGAAUAAUGGCUGGAUCAAACAGGUCAGGAGAUCUGCGUGAUGCUCAGAAGUCUAUCCCGAUUGGCACUAUUAUGGCUAUAGCAACUACCUCCUUCAUUUAUAUUUCAUGUGUGCUGUUGUUUGGUGCCUGCAUUGAAGGUGUGGUCUUAAGAGACAAGUUUGGAGACUCAGUAAGUGGGAAUCUGGUGAUUGGUACAUUAUCCUGGCCUUCUCCCUGGGUCAUUGUUAUUGGCUCAUUUUUUUCCACCUGUGGAGCUGGAUUGCAGAGCCUCACGGGAGCCCCACGGCUUUUGCAGGCCAUAGCAAGAGAUGGAAUUGUGCCUUUUCUACAGGUUUUUGGUCAUGGAAAAGCAAACGGUGAGCCAACCUGGGCCUUACUGCUCACUGCAGGCAUCUGUGAAAUAGGAAUUCUUAUUGCAUCUUUGGACAACGUGGCUCCGAUUCUCUCAAUGUUCUUCCUGAUGUGCUACUUGUUUGUCAACCUGGCCUGUGCUGUACAGACUCUGUUGCGAACCCCCAACUGGAGGCCUCGUUUCAAAUUCUACCACUGGACCCUGUCUUUCCUAGGGAUGAGCCUGUGCCUCGCUCUGAUGUUCAUUUGCUCCUGGUAUUACGCACUUAUGGCCAUGAUGAUUGCUGGCUGCAUAUACAAAUAUAUUGAAUAUCGAGGAGCUGAAAAGGAAUGGGGAGAUGGGAUUAGAGGUUUGUCCCUCAAUGCAGCACGCUAUGCCCUCAUCAAGCUGGAGGAGGCGCCACCUCACACCAAAAACUGGAGACCCCAGCUUUUGGUGCUACUGAACUUGGACUUGGAUCACAGUGUGAAACACCCACGGCUGCUCUCCUUUACCACCCAGCUGAAGGCAGGGAAGGGACUAACCAUUGUUGCCUCUGUUCUCGAGGGAUCAUAUCUAGCAAAGAAGCCUGAGGCAAAGAGAGCUGACCAGGCUAUAAAGUCCACUAUGUCUGCAGAGAAGACCAAAAGCUUCUGUCAUGUAGUGGUGUCCUCAAACCUGCGUGAUGGAUUCUCCCACCUUAUACAGUCGGCAGGGCUGGGUGGCAUGAAGCACAACACAGUGCUAAUGGCAUGGCCUCACAGCUGGAAACAAGAUGACAAUUCCCUCAGCUGGAGAAACUUUAUUGACACAGUGAGAGAGACCACAGCUGCACAUCAGGCCCUGCUGGUUGCCAAAAACAUAGACUCAUUCCCUAGCAAUCAGGAACGCUUCAGUGAAGGUACCAUUGACGUGUGGUGGAUAGUCCAUGAUGGAGGACUACUCAUGCUGCUGCCCUUUCUGCUGCGCCAGCACAAGGUGUGGAGGAAAUGCAAGAUGCGCAUUUUCACUGUAGCCCAGAUGAAUGACAAUAGUAUUCAGAUGAAAAAAGACUUGCAGAUGUUUCUGUAUCACCUCCGGCUUGAUGCUGAAGUAGAGGUAGUGGAAAUGCAUGACAGUGAUAUCUCAGCUUUCACAUAUGAAAAAACAUUAGUGAUGGAGCAGCGCUCUCAGAUGCUGAAGCAGAUGCAGCUUUCCAGGACAGAGAGAGAAAGAGAGAUUCAGAGCAUCACUGAUGAGUCUCGUAGCUCCAUUAGAAGGAAGAACCAUUCUAGCACGCAGCCUGACAGCACUGAUGAUCACGUCAUCCAGCUCAAUGACAAACAAGAGGAUGAGGCCCAGCUAAUCCACGACAGGAACACAGCAUCCCAUUCCACUCUCAGUGCCAAAGCAGAUGCCACACCAGAGAGAGUGCACAUGACCUGGACCAAAGACAAGCUCAUCUCAGAGAAGAACCGAAACCGAGAGGCUAACAUAGGAGUCCGGGACCUCUUCAACAUGAAACCAGAAUGGGAAAGUCUGAACCAGUCCAACGUGAGGAGGAUGCACACGGCUGUGAAGCUCAAUGAGGUGGUGUUGUGUAAAUCCCAGCAGGCUCAACUGGUCUUGCUCAACAUGCCUGGGCCCCCUACAAAUAAGGAAGGGGAUGAAAACUACAUGGAGUUCCUGGAAGUUCUGAUUGAAGGCCUGAACAGAGUGUUGCUAGUACGUGGUGGAGGAAGGGAGGUCAUCACUAUCUACUCCUAAAUCCAGGCACUGCUCCAAGUGAAAACUGCUGCUAACUGUGUGGGGGGCACAGUGAAUGCCAUUGGUCGAAAAAGACAGCAUAGGGUCCAGUGAGGAAAGUCCUGAUCAGGAUGGACUGCGAAAUAUCUGGGACCUUUUAUCACACUAACCAGAGGAGGUAGUAUGUUGGCACUUCUGUUUUAGUGUUUAUUUUUUAGUUAAAUGUUGUAUACAAUAGAUUAUAUUUUGUUCCAUUUUAAAAAAUAUUUUGUUUUAGAAUAUAAAAAUGCUGCUGAGGACACCAGUGCGAAUAUGGAAGUUGUCUAUUUAAAAAAAAAACAUCAGUCCAUUUCCAGACUGCCUUCUGGAUGUUUUGCAAGGCUACCAUCUUUGCACUUACUGUAACUUUGACAGCAUUUGUCCUAGAAGGUCCUCAUAUACUUGCAGUGGUGUUUUUGCUUUUGUUAAAGGAGCAUGUUUUGAGGAAAAGCUGUGCGUUUGAUGUGAUUUUCCACCUUUAUAUCCACAUGGAAAUUUGCCACAAAAAAAUUUUGAAGUAUUACUCAGACAUCAGUUUUGUUUAGGCUGUAAGUCAGAACUAUUAUUUUGUGUUUAAAAAUAGCCAUAGCUUGUUUUUCAAAGGUUUGGGUUGAGUCAUCAUGAUGGUUUUUUUUCCUACAAGAUUGAUGUUCACACCAUUGCUGUUCAUGAUUCUUAGAUAAGAGCAUUUCAUGUGAGAAAUUAAAAAUUAGUUGUUUUUAUCUUAAAUCUAUUUAAUUGCAUUAUACUGUAAUGUCUAUACUGUAUUUUUUACAUAAAAUGUCCAAAUGGUCUGAAUACUAGUAAUACAAAUUCACUAGGGAUGCUGUCAGAAAAAGAUGUUGUCUGCCUAGAGAAUCAGAUCAAUAUCCAUGCGACUUACAUAUCUUAAUAAUCAAUUUAAAUUGAUUUUUUGUCCAUUAUUUUUAUUCUGCUGUUGACAUGGUGCACAGUUAAACCUCUCCAAUAUAAGACUUAGCUAAAGAAUGUUCAUGGCUCUAGUGAUAAGGAAUGACAGUUGUGUAGUUUGUCAGAGUCUGUUGUGCAUUAAAACCAAGAUAUCAUUCUGCUUUGAUAGCUAAUAGCUAAUGAGAGUCACCCUGCCCUGUCACCCUGCAACUUACAAUUGGCAACCCACUGAAGCUAAGCAGGUGUGAACCUGGUCAGUACCUGGAUGGGAGA